AUGAGGGUGAGGAUUGCGAAGGAGAGAUCUGAUUUAACCGAGUUGGUUUCUGCUGUAAUCAAGACGACUUACGAUACACGGAGUCCAGGCGGGGUCGAGCGAUGCAUCGACGCGUUGAAUCAGUUGAGGCAUAGGAACCCUAAGAUCCGCAAGGAAGCUCAGUCCUUGUUUGGUUACUGGUAUAAUACGCUUUACGCACGAGGAAGAGACGACACUUCCAAAGCUGGUCUUACCAAGUCUUGUCAGAAGCCGAAGAAGUCUGUUCUAAGAAGAUGUUCAGAGUUGAAGAAGAAAGAAGAACGGAAAUCUGUCAAAGAUGAGAGAUCUCAGACUCAUGAAGCGGUUGAGAUUAAGAAAGAGGACAAGACAGGCUUUUUGGAUUUUAAGAAGGAACAAGAUCGGAAGUUUUUGACUCAUGAAACUGAAGAGAUCAAGAAAGAGACAUAUACUAAUCUUGUGAAGUCGGAGAAGAAAGAAGAUCAGAAGAUGCUAUCUGUUACUCCCAAGGCUCUUCCUCAGCACUGGAGACAAAACAUCAAAGACAAAGAUGGUAAAAUCACAACCAAAUCAUUGAGACCUCCUUCGAGGAGAGAUGCUGCUUGCAAAAACGUUGCACGAAAGCAGACCGGACCUUUUGAAGAUUCUGGAAACCCUAAAUCUCCAGCCUUGAAGAUUAAAACAGAGGAGGAGCUCACGAAGAGGAAAACGGAGCUUGUGGAGCUGUUCGAAGCAGCCAUGAAAGCUUCUAAGAUGGCCAACUCUUACGGUAAACCAGAGGUGUCACGCUGCGUUGAGGCUCUCUCGUUACUCAUGAAUCUCAAUAUCAGUCCAAGCCCUAAAGAACCAAGGAGGAUGAUGGAGAGGCUCGAGGGACUUACAAAGCACAAAUACCACAAUAUUUGCAAUGCUGCUUCAUCCCUUCUCCACCAUUGGAGGCAGAUUAUCAGGAAACAAGAACGUAAAGACUCUGCCGCCAAGAAGACGUUUCCUAACCACUCCUGUAAAGCUCGUUAG